UAAAGACACAGAGUGGGUGUGUGCUCCCACGAGCCAGAGAGGCAGACAGGCCAUGCAGAUAGUAGAGACAGGCAGGUUGAGUCAAAGUAAGUGAAGGAAAACCUGAAGAAGAAGCACGUUUCGUAAUGAUCAGUGCACCCAAAUAAACAGCUAAAGCGGAACUUCGCACAACUGCUGUUGAGUUCAAGGUGGAAUUGAAGGAAAUAAAAGCAUUAGCAGUGUUAGAUAGGCAGCACUAAAGGAAGUGAGGGAGAAGCAGCAAGCAGCAGAGAAAGAGGCAGUGAGAAAGAGAGCAGGAACAGAGAACACAGGGGAGAGGCUGCUUUCGUUCACCGCUAAGUGUGUUACUGAUCUCGCUGAAAGCUUCCUGUGUCAGCACCAUGGGAAAGUCAGCCUCCAAGCAGUUUGCUGAGGAGUCGCUUAAGUGCCACAAUGAGUUCAGGAGGAAGCACCAGGCUCCUCCACUGAAGCUGUGCAGCAAGUUGAGCAGAGAGGCUAGCCGUUAUGCUGAAAGUCUCGCCAGCACACGGAUCCUGAAACACAGUGCAGAGUCCAGUAGAGGGAGCUGUGGAGAAAACCUGGCAUGGGCCUCCUAUGACCAAUCAGGGAAGGAUGUGGCAGAGCGCUGGUACGAUGAAGUGAAGCAGUACAACUUCAACCGUCCUGGAUUCUCCUCUGGCACUGGCCAUUUCACAGCAAUGGUGUGGAAGAAAACCAAAAAGCUGGGUGUCGGUAAGGCCACUGCAUCGGACGGCUCUACUUUUGUGGUGGCCAGGUACUUCCCCGCUGGGAACAUCACUAACCAGGGACAUUUUGAGAACAACGUCCUCCCGGCUAAAACCACCUCCUAAACGUGUCUACAUCAGCAACACCUGACUCAAGCCCAAAGGCAUUUAUUUCAUUUUCCAGGAGGACAGUUAUCUGCCUGCACUGCUAUGGGGCAUACUCAGGAGAGCAGCACCUCUCACCUAAUAAAGAACCAUACUACUAUCUUGAAUGGAUUUUAUAAGAUGGAAUGCACUCAGGCUUAAAAUCCUAUUUUUGGAAUUUGAAAAUGGACCUGUGUAUGAUGCAGUGUUAAGAAUGAAAGAAUCACUGCUGUUUGACCUUGUUAACAAAACAUUUCCAGUGAGCAUUUGGAUUGUGUAAUCCACUGAUGGUCAUGUGCAUUGCCUGUGAGAGUGUUAUAAUAUGUAAUUCUUUAAUGCAAAUACUUCUCUAAUUUUGCACACUAAAAUGUGUCAUAGGCUAACAUCUGUGUAAGAGUGGGAACUAAGUCAGCCUACGGGACAGGCUCCACACAUUAAAGUGGAUGACUCAACGUGCUCGGUAUGAGUUUGUGUUAUUGCCGCCACUUGUCAAAGCAGAACCCUGCCAUCCUGGGUGUGUGUUUUGUACUCUAACCAGUUUUGUACAAUAAAGUUGAUGGAUUG